CUUCCACCAAAGGACAAAACAUUCUAACCAGUUUGCAUAUUAUCUAUAUGCUAUAAUGACUACACCCUCCAGUAUUUGCUCUGCCUCUGACCUCGCCGUCCUCCUCACCACUUCCUCUAACUUCAACUCAUCUGCAGCCGCAGCAAAUUUCCUUUGCUCUCACCUCUCAGCCAUUUCCCAUAAAUUUUCAGACACAAAUUUCGCCGUUGAUACUACAUAUCUCCUUUUUUCUACCUACAUUGUUUUCACCAUGCAAAUAGGCUUUGCCAUGCUAAGCGCUGGUUCAAUACGCGCCAAAAACACAAAAAACAUCAUGUUAUGUAGUAUCCUUGAUGCUGCCUCAGGAUCUGUCACUUACUAUCUCUUUGGUUUUGCCUUCGCCUUCGGUACACCUUCCAACGGAUUCAUUGGUGGUCCCCGCAAUUUCUUUGCCUUAAACUCGUUCCCUGAAGGCUCUGGCUACGACUUUAGUUUCUUUCUCUUUCAAUGGACUUACGCCAUCACUGCCUCAGGAAUCACAAGUGGCUCGAUGGCUGAACGCACUCAGUUCACUGCUUAUCUUAUAUCUUCUUUUUUUUUGACCGGUUUCGUCUAUCCGAUAGUCUCGCAUUGGUUUUGGUCGAACGAUGGAUGGGCCAGCCCAACACGCUCCAACGAUAUUCUUUUUAUUGGCUCUGGUGCGAUUGAUUUUGCCGGUUCGGGUGUGGUUCACAUGGUCGGCGGUAUAACCGGUCUCUGGGGAUCUUUGAUAUUAGGACCAAGAAUCGGCCGGUUCAACCACAAAGAAAACACUUCUUCAGAAAUUCGUGGGCACAGCGUACCGCUUGUUGUCCUCGGUACACUCAUGUUGUGGUUGGGAUGGUACGGGUUCACUGCCGGUUAUUUCUUAACCAUUCUAAAAGCUUACAACCGAUCUCCUCAAUACUAUGGUCAGUGGAGUGCUAUAGGACGGACCACCGUCACAACUACUCUGUCUGGAUGCACCGCGGCACUAACCAGCAUGUUCACUAGUCGAUUUCUGGUCGGCCACUGGAGUGUGACGCACGUCUGCACCGGUUUGCUAAGCGGCCUUGUAGCUAUAUCAUCGGGUUGCGCGGUUGUGGAGCCUUGGGCCGCGAUUGUGUGUGGCUUUGUGGCCUCGUGGGUUACGAUCGGUCUUAACUGGCUAGCCAAAAUAUGUAAAUACGACGAUCCGCUUCAAGCCGCUCAAGUGCACGGUGGUUGUGGUGCGUGGGGGUUAUUAUUUACGGGACUUUUCGCUGCUAAAAAUUACAUGAGUGAAGUUUAUGGCGGCCAAAGCGGAAGGCCGCACGGUUUGUUCAUGGGUGGAGGACUGAAGCUACUUGGAGCACAGAUGGUUCAGAUAAUUGCCAUUUUCGGGUGGGUGACGUUGACAAUGGGAUUUUUGUUUUAUGGGUUACAUAAGAUGAAUCUUCUUAGAGUAUCUGUGAAAGAAGAAAAAUGUGGAAUUGACAUGACACGUCACGGUGGGUUUGCAUAUGGGGCGCAUGUAGAGGAUGCAGACUGGGUCAAACCAUGGAACCAAGAAGCUGAGACUGAGCGUUGAGUAUGUGCAGUAAUACGUGCGUUUAUUUCUACUUGAUCCCAUCAAAUCAAUAAACCCCCAUUUCCUUUCAUCUUUCAUUUUCUUUUGUUAUAUGGAGUUGUUGUUUUGUUCUUGUCAAUUGUGGAGUAAAAAAAAAGUUUAGCAAAGAUAUGAAUCACAGUAAAAAGGAUAACGAGUCCGGAAAAUGUAAAAAAAAACGUCAUUUGUGUAUAAAAUUACAAGUUGUGUUAAUCUUUUGGUUUAGAGGGAGUUAUCGUGUUAUGCUCACCUCCCACCAAAAAAAUGGAAUAAAAUAAUAUGAAUGAUCAAGACAUGUCUUUAAACUUGGCAUAAAAAGUCUUUAGCUACAUUACUUAUCAAAUAUGUCAGGUUGGGUCAUCUUUGAUUUGUUCGUUUCAUUUAGAUAUUAUAUAUAAACGUACUACUUGUAUUAUCUCUUGUUUUAAUUCGUCGUGCUCCUUUUGACUUAUCCGAUAUCAUUUUUGUUAAAUAUGCUAGGUGGAGUCAUCUUUGAUUUAUUCGUUUGGUUUAGAUAUUUACAUGUAUAAUACACUUGUUUUAAUCCGUCUCAAGAUGACUUUUAAAGAUUUGUUAAAUAUGCUAGGUUGGGUCAUCUUUGAUUUAUUCGUGUGAUUUAGAUAUUUACAUAUAACAGACAGUUUAUCUGAAGAUGACUUGCUCCUUUUGACAGGAUACCAAUCAUUUUUGUUAAAUAUGUUAGCCCGGGUCAUCUUUGAUUUAUGGGAGUUUUUCAAAACUAAAUCCUUUUUUCAAGUCAAACCUAAAAUCAAUUUUUUUUUGUCAUUACUAUUUAUUAAUAAAUUUUCUUUACUAUCUCUAUAUUUUUGAAUUAUUUACAAAAUUACUAAUAUUAUUUAAUUUUUAUUAAUUUCAAAAUUAACAAAAAUCAAAUACACCAUAAUCAUUUCUUCUUAUUUACAAUAAUGUCAUCGUCAUUAAUUUAUCCAACCACCAUGAACCAUCAUUUUUGAGCUCAUAAAGCUUUAAAAUUUAAUUUUCAACCACUUUUUUCUCAUUCUAAACCAAUAAAUUUUCAUUUCCUCUCAUUUCCUCUACAUUUUCAUCUAAAAAACUCUCAUAACUUUCAUUUUCAUAAGCACAAACUUCGUAUUUUCAAGUUUCUUCAUUAAUGAAUCGUGAAAGGUGUUUCUUUUUGCUCAUAUUUGGAGUUUGGAUGGUUGAAAAGAUUGGAAACGAGCUUUAAUUACAGCGGAAAAAAAGUAAUUAUUUACAUGAUUUUCGUCUUUUUCAGAUUUGUGUCGCGAUAGUAAACUGUUUUGUAUGUCUACGCCUAUAUGCAGACUUACGAUGCAGUCUAUUUAUCAACGCACACGUCAGUUUUACAAUUGACCAAAUGAUUUUUUUUGUAACGCAGACUUUCCCAACAGUCUACGUCUUUACUUUUGACAGCAAAAAACAAAAAUUUAGGUAGACUUACCAAGACGUGUACGUAAAAGGGGUUAGUUUUGCAUUUGACCAAACUUUUGACUUUUCAUAGUAGACUUCAUAGUAGACUUCAUCGGAAGUCUACACAAUAUAGACUGCCAGAGAAGCCUACAAAAAGUCAGUUUUGCAUUUGACCAAAACUUUGAGUUCGUUUAAUAGAUUAGUUUUGUGUUUGACUAAAAAGUUUAAAAAUCAAUCAAAAAUUUAUUAAAUUGUAGACUUCAUAUGCAAUCUUCUAAUCUUAGAAAAAAAAACGUAGACUACCUGAAAUCUACUUUUUUAUUUUUGUCAAAUGCAAAACUAAUCCAUCGGAUUUGAGAGUAGACUUCAUGCAAAGUCUACACAGCCGUAGACGUUCAUUUUAAUCUACUCGUAGAAAGUCAAAUUUGAUCAAUUGCAAAACUAAUCUCUUUCAAAAAAAUUCAAACAUGUAGACUGCAUAUGAAGUCUACUUUUGAAAAUCAAAUCAUGUGUUAAUUCUGUUCAAUUGCAAAAACUAACAUUUUUAAAGUAUAAACUGAAAUGGAAGUCUACUUAUAUUAAAAUCACAAAUUUUUUUCAAAUAUAGAAAGUAACCCGUAAAAUUUACAAUUGCAAAAACUAACUCAAAGAAUAUAUCUAUUUGAGGGUCUACAUCUGUAAACUGAAAAAAACGUCUACAACUUCGUAGACAGAAUAUGGAGUCUACGUUGACAAAUAUAUUAAAAUUGAAUUUGUGUAUUACUCAUUAAUUUUUUUUCAAGAUUUUUUUGUUUGACAGUGUGUGUUAGUUAAUCUUAAUGGGUUUGAGUGAUUUUGAAAAGAAAAUUUGUUAUAAUUAUGAAAGAAUAAUAUUUUUUAUUUAGCUUUGUAGUUAGAUAAUAAUUGUAGACGUAUUUGUAAAUUUAACGUAGAAUAUAGUUGAAGUCUAUUAUUAAUGAAUUCUAAUGGUCUUGAAUUUUAAAAGUUAAUAGGUUAUAGUUAAGGAACUAUCAAAGGAGAAUGUUCCUUCUUAAUUUGUAGUUCUUUAACUUGUUUAUAUUGCUUUGGAGUUAUACUAAGUUAUAUUAUUUGUUAAUAUGUGUUAAGAAUCUCUAAGAUUUUUACAAUACAUGAUGUCUUGACAGUCGUGCAAAAAUCUUAUGUAAAAAUAAGACAAAUACUGAAGCAAACAAAUUACACAAGACAAAUACUGACGUUAGAUGCAAACAAAUUACUACUACUACUGCUGCUGCUACUACUACAACUAUGCAACAACACUACUCUCGUCUUUCUCAAUAAAAUGUCUUCGUCUUCCUAUGCUCGUUCCAGUGAUGGGCCUUUCUAGGUUGCAUGUGGAAUCUUGUGCCCCAGCCAUCUCUUCCUCAUCUCUGCUGCUCAUUAAGCCAACCAACGUAGAUCAUAAAGUCACACUGAAGAAGAUGGAUGGAUGGUCUCAUAGAACUCCUUUAACAACAGCUGAUAUAAUUCUACAUCCUACACAUAAGUUAAGGGUCUCCACCAAGUGUUUUUUCCUGAACAAAGAAGUGUAAACAUGUUAGAGACUGGGCAUAAUAAGCAAA